CCCGGCGCUGCGCGCCUCGCCGCCCACCGCCGCCGCGCCCACCUCGAGCCCGAGCGGCCCUACCGCUGCGACUACCCCGGUUGCGAGAGGACUUUUAUCACAGUGAGUGCAUUAUUUUCUCAUAAUCGAGCCCACUUCAGAGAGCAAGAGCAGUUCUCCUGUUCUUUCCCUGGCUGUAACAAGCAGUAUGACAAAGCCUGCCGACUGAAAAUCCACAUGAGAAGUCACACAGGGGAAAGGCCUUUUAUCUGUGACUUUGAGGGCUGUGGCUGGUCUUUCACCAGCAUGUCCAAGCUACUAAGACAUAAAAGGAAGCAUGAAGAUGACAGGAGGUUUACAUGUCCUGUAGAAGGUUGUGGGAAAUCCUUCACAAGAGCAGAACACUUGAAAGGCCACAGUAUUACUCACCUUGGUACAAAACCAUUUGAAUGCCCAGUGGAAGGUUGUUGUGCAAAGUUUUCUGCACGCAGUAGCUUGUAUAUUCAUUCUAAGAAACAUCUGCAGGAUGUGGAUUCUUUGAAGACCCGUUGCCCUGUGUCCAGUUGUAAUAAAUUGUUCACAUCCAAGCAUAGCAUGAAGACGCACAUGGUCAAACAGCACAAUUUCAGUCCAGAUCUUUUAACCCAGCUUGAAGCAACCUGUUCUCUCACACCUAGCAGUGAACUGACCAGUCCAGGACAAAGUGACCUCAGCAACAUAGACCUCGUGUCUCUCUUCUCCAACGUGUCUGGCAACAAUUCUGGAAUUUCAACAGACAUGGCACUCGUGAACUCUGGGAUAGUUACUAUUGAUGUUGCUUCAGUGGGUUCCACACUUGGAGGAAAUCUUCCUGUCAGUAGCAGUUCUCUAAAUCAGACUGUUGACCCUUUGAUACUGGUGGCUGGUAAUGAUAUUCCACAAAGUCUGGACAGUUCUCUCUUGCUGGGAACCCCUACUACAGUUCUGCAGCAAAGCACUUUAAAUCUGGAUGAUGUACAGACUGUAAAUGCAGAAGCCUUGGGUUCGCUAGCAUCUUUAUCAGUGAGGAAUUCCAGUCAAGAUAUGCAUGGUUUGACAUCCAGCAAUAAUCUAACAAUAGACACUGCCACUUUGACCCCCUCCAGCAGCCUGGGUGGAAGCAAUGUCCCUGAGUUACUCACUCCAAUAAAGGUUGAACGAAAUUUGCUUCCCAAUUCAGAUGUUGUUGGUCAACAGGAAGGCAGUAAAGUCGUGACACAGUUUGUAUUCUCCAACCCCCCGGGAAGCUACAGUGCUCAGAAAGAAAUGGACCUUAGCACAGUGACUGGCAGUUCUUUUUUGGAGAGUGGUGGAUCUGCAAGAACAGACUACAGAGCUAUCCAGUUAGCCAAGAAAAGAAAACAGAAAGGGAAUGGCAGCAGCACAGGGGCAGCAAACUCUAGCCAGAGGAAAAGUAAAAGUGGCAAAGUUAGUCCUACCAACUUCUCGUCUUCCAGUCAUGGCAGUCGAAUGGGAGGCAAUGUUGUUUUGCCAAAUGGAGGCUUAACAAUGAGGGACCCAGCCACUGGAGCACAGUACGUGCAAAUUCAGUUACUUCAGGAUGAUUCCCCAGGAGAAGGGGACUUGCCCUUCCAGCUCAGCUCUCAGUCCUCCACAUCACAUUCUCAGCUUACAGUAGACUUGCCUGUUCAUAUACUGCAGGAGCCACACAACUCAACAGAAGAUGAUGCAGGUUCUGAUAAUUCUCAGUUCACUGGAAGCACAAUUAAUUUACAGGACCUGGAAUGACUGUUGGGAAUAUUCAUUUUAAAACAAAUGGUGCAAUCAUGUCUUAACAAAGUGAAAAUAGGUUGUUAGAGGUUUUCAGAGAAGAUAUGGAAAAUAGGAAUACCUGAUUGAUAACAUCCUUUUUGCAGUUUGGUUAGAAUUGAAAGAUGGGGAAAAAUUCAGUAAAUCCUACUUGAUGUGCCUGUGUAAGAUAUCUUUUCUGUCUUGAGAUCAGAAAGACACUGGGGGCAGAUUUUUUUUUUAAUAAUGUUAUAGAGGAGAAGUGCCAUAACUGUUCUAACUGUGGUGAUAUCCAUUGCUUUCCUGGGAAAGCAGGCAUUGCACAGCUAAUGAACACAUGUAAGUUUAAAAUCUUGCCUAUGACCAGUUUUGACCUCUUUCUCUAUUGGGGAAAGCUCUCUCUAACUGGAAAUAGGGUGAACAGGAAGUAUUCAGAGUUAGUCCUGAAGUUGGUUUCCUUCCCCCCGUCCCCCAAAAAAACCUCCCAGGACUCUUGUUUCUUGUGUUGACAACAAACUGGAAUAAAAGUAUUUUACAAAGCAAAUAAAUCUAAGAAGUAUAGUGUCCAAAUAUCCUGGAAAUUACAUGUUUUAAAAACACUUGUUUAGAAAAAUAUAGGAUGAAUGUUAACUUAGCUCAUGUUGAGUUCCCCAUCUCCUUACUCCUUUUACACCCAAAAUAAUAUUUUGCUGAAUUCUUCCAGCAAAACCCAAAAAGGAAAGCUUUGCAAUAAACCUGCAGUCACUAUAACAAAUAAACAAAUAAGCUAAAGUUCCAGCAGUGUCUGACAGACGUUAGUUAUGCUUGUUUCCAAGCACUGUGAUUAUGUCCAAUACAAAAACUGUUGCCAACUUACUGAUAAACUGUCCACUAUCUUUUUCACUGUAUUUUUGUGUUACUACUUGAUCUUCAAUGAAAUCCAGAAUAUCUAGUGAACACCGAGCUUCCAGCUGGCUUACUGAUCAUGCACUUGCCAGGUAGACUUUUUUUUAAGAUGGAGGGAAGAAUUGCCUCAUUUGAAAAAUUACAGUUACUAGAAAAAUGGUUGUCUGUACUGUACUUAACUGAAUUUCCUAAACCCAAAUAAGCAUAGAGUUGUAUAGAGUUUCAUUUGGAAAAACAAAAAAUCUUUGGUGCAGUUUUAAGGUAGUAACUUAAAUGUUUCUAAUGGUGAUGUACUGAAUGCCUAUAAAAUUAUGUAUAGGAGUUUGCUAAAGGGGUGUGUGUAUGUGUUUUUUUUUUUUUAUUCUUCAAUGAGGUGCGUGCGUGCACAUGUGUAUAUUUUUUACAGAGUAAGAUAUGUCAUGCAGAAAAAGUGAUCUUUCUAAUCUUGCACAUAUUUAUUUAUUUUACAGUUAUACAGUUGUUGAAUUCACUCAAGGUCAUUCAGAAAUGCUUUUACUUCCUGUGCCUUUUGAACUAUGUAUGUGUCCAGAUGAAUACUUGUUUUGUUUCUGAAACUUGAAAGCAGUAUACAGGUUACUCUCACUUCAGACUCUGAUUUUUAGGCAGUAUUUUAUCCUCUGGUUGAACCAGUUUUAUUUUUCUAUCUUGAGCUUAACUAUUUGACCACUGGCUCUACCUAUUUCUAUUUCUCUCGAAUUCACAGCUCAUGCCCAGGGGGACUUCUUACUUCCCUCAGGUGGGGUUUCCAGGGCAGUGAGCUGUUGUGGAAAUCUUGACCCACCCAUUGACUGUUGUAUUUUUUUGCAUCAUGGAGUCCAGUCUUGAGAGGCAAAGGGAAUGAUGAGUCAGCUGCAGGAACACGGCACCAUUGAAGGGGUUACUGGGUCUUGCUUUAGAACAGUUUCCACGUUGUCCCCGGAAGCUGAGUUGCUUGAACUCUCUUAACACCUGUUGAUCCUUCCAUUCUCGUGGACCAUACGAGUUCUUCUUAAGUUAAGAAAAUGGCCAAGGAACCACUCCAUCUUUUUAUGGGACUUAUAACUGACUCUGUUUCUACUUCUGAAAAUGUACCUCACUUGGCUUUGUAAGUGAAUGUAAAUUGCUAACUGCUUGGGGCCGAGAAUUGGAUCAGUCGGCUUGAAGUCCGUUGCUGGCAAUGGACACCUGAAGAGCUGCUGGUGCAAAAAAAGGAUUAAUAAAGCUUUUUUUAUGGUCA